CCUGUGUCGUCUCCGCGUUCUUCACCAUGUUGUACGGGUUCGAGUACGGCCGUGAGAAGGCUGAGGCCUGGGUUCUAACCUUCCUCACAUCAUUCGUCUUUGACCUCGCCAUAUCUCAACCACUCAAGAUCAUUCUGCUGGGUUUGUUCUUCGCGUUGUUAAUAAAGAAGCCUGACUCACUAGAAGACGAUGUUCCCCCAACCCAGCUGCGUGAUGAUGAGGUGUUUCUUGGACUACAGGAUAAAGAUACUAAACACACAUCAAGGAAGAAGAGAUCCAAACCGACUGGACCUCCGGGAAGAGGCAUACUUGCGGUUGCUAGAGAACAGCGAUUCAUAGAACUGGGUCUGAGAGAUGCGUGUUACGACUUUGUGUUCUACACCAGCUACAUCAUUCUGUUACUAGUCAUAGCGAACGGGAGCAGAGACAGUUCCAUGUACCACAUGAACACCCACCUUCACAACAAAGCUGUUAGUCCUUUUGCGAAGAUCAAAGAUUCCGCAACGUUUUGGGAAUUCGUCAGAGAUCACGUUGUUUCAGAUGUUCACGAUGUGAGGUGGUACAACGGAGACAGAUUCCACAGGGCAGGCUUUUACCCUGAUACAAGCUCCUUCCUCGUCGGACGUCCCAGGCUCCGCCAAAUCCGAGUCAAGAAAGACGAAAGCUGUAAUGUCCCUGCACCUUUGUGGAGGGUGCUGACUGACUGUGAUCAGCCUUACAGCCUGCUGAAUACUGACGUCAGCAGUUAUGACGUCGGCUGGACACGUCUGGACAACGUGGCCUUUGACGCACUGACCAGCUUGGACAACAUUUCCCACUACCAGAGGCCGUGGAUCUACCAGUAUGCAUCAUUGAGUGCGGCUGUUCCUGACUCUGGCGAACAUGGCACCUACUACGGCGGCGGUUACCUGGUGGAACUAUCCAACAGCAGCAGCGCCGACAUGGAAUUGAUAGAUGAACUGCAAGAAAUGGACUGGAUAGACGACAACACGAGGGCAGUUUUCAUAGAGAUAAUCGUGUACAAUGCAAACGCAAACCUGUUCGCGGUUUUGACGUUGCUGGCUGAGUUUACCACAUUGGGGAAAACCUACACUCAAGGCGAGAUAAUGGUGGUCCGGCUGUACCCGUACACGACAGUCUGGGGUUUCGUUGCGCUUGGAUGUCACGGACUCUUUCUACUUAUUACUCUGUAUCUUACAUUCAGAGAAGUACGCCGCAUACUGACGCUGGGAACGGAAUACUUCAAGAUGUUCUGGCGUGUAGUGGAGCUCGUGCUGUCCCUGUUGGCUCUGGCGGAAAUCGGGGUUCACCUUUAUACCGCCUACCUGAUUCUCGGCUUCAACAAAGUUAGAACCCAGGGUGAUGAUAGCAGUGGAGAUCGUAGAUACAACAAGUACAAACAAGCUGCAAGCUGGGAGAAAAUCAACACGUACAUUCUAGGCUGGCUGGUCUGUGUGGCGUGUUUGAAGAUGCUGUACCUGUGCCGGUUCAACAAAAGAAUCGCGCGUGGACCCAAAGUAACGAGAAAGGCACUGAAACCAUUGCUCAGCUUCAUAGUUGUGUUUAGCUUUUUGUUCAUGGCGUUUUGUAUGCUCGGGUUUCUGGCUCUCGGCUCCAGGCUGAGUCUGUACAGCACUUUCAUAGGAACCAUGCAGACUUUGUUUUCUGUCAUGCUCGGGAAAAUGGACUACUACUCGGUAGAGUCGGCAGGGGGCGUCCUUGGACCGCUGAUGCUGUUCUGCUUCGUCUUGUUUUUCCCCAACGUCCUGGUCAUGAUGUUUCUGGCCAUUUUCGACGACGCUUUUCAAGAAGUCAUCGUGGAGGAAGAGAUCAGUGGGAAGUCAGAAAACGAGAAAAUCAAAGACUACGCCGUUUAUCUGUUUAAAAAGUUUGUACUGAAGAACACGGAUGAGGAAUUUUUCACUGUAAAUCAGACACAUGUGACAAACAUUGCCGAAACGAGAGACAGACCUUCGGCUGAAACCGUUCCUAAAAUACACAUAAAUGGAAUAUCAAGAAUAUCAGUGAUGGAUUCUACUUACGAGGCGAUGGAAAUGGCGGAAACAGACGAUUUGGUACGUCCAAUUUCAUCCGCGUCAUCAGUUUCAACCAUUCACUGUUAGAUUCGUCACCAUCUCAUUAACCGUUAUAAAUUAUGCCGACUUUUAAAUGUUGGAAAGAUGGCUCAUUCCUUAGAUUAUGUUUGCGGCAAGGUGAAAGCUAGAGAUCGCUGGAUCUUUGAGUAAGUUGCUGAAAAAAAGGAAGGAACACAAGGGAAGGCGGGACGUAUGUUUGUGGUGUGACGUCACAAAAAACAUGAACACCGUGAAAAUUUCAACCUUGUCGGCUUAACUGUAAUUACAGAAUUGUGGGCCGAUGAGCUUGAUAAUAAUAACUUUUAUUGCCCAACAGUUGUACUGAGGGUACAAAGUAUGGCAUCAACUAACUUAACUAAGUACAUAUCAACUACAUUUUCAUAACCUAAC